CGGAAAAUGAACCAAAAAUAUUUUCAAAAUACUUCCCCCUUGGGCAAAACGGCCCCUAUCUGCUAAUUUCACAGCGAUUAUUCCAUAUUCUAGCAAUUAACCAUGGAGUUGGGAAGAAGUAGAUUGCGGAGAAACGGUUUAAAUGCGCUCGAAAAUGCUCUACACCCAAAGCAUGGCUUGGCAUGGACAGAUGGGAAAGCGGUCUUCCUAACACCAGUUAUAAAGAACAUCGAGAAAGGAGCUGACACAGACAAACACAUCAAGCUAGGAGAAUUUGAUCACGUGGAGGGCUUGUACUGGAGUCAUGACCUCGGUUCCUCUUGUUUCCUCUGCGUCGUGGAGCAGAAGACUGUCUCCCUGUGGUGGGUCGAGGGCAGUCUGCCGAACCUCGUUUUCAAACAGACAAGGAAGAUCAAUGCGAUAGCUUUACCGCAAGGUGUCUUAUGGAACCCUUAUUCCGAUGUUCUCUGCAUCCUGACCAAAAAGCAGUGUUCGUUUUACUACCAGCACUUAAUCACCAGGGAGAGCUUUGCUUUCCCAUCAGUUGAUAGUGGUAAGAUAACAUGUGGUACCUGGUCACGAGACGGACAGAGGCUAUUCAUUGGAUUAGGGUCCAUUGUGAUGGUUUAUAGUUGGGAAAACCUUGACAACAGUAUCACAGAUUAUUCCGUGACUGCCUGGAGAGUGCCUGAGCUGGAUGGUCAGAUAUGUGCGAUGAAGUCUUUGAAUGAUACAUGGGUGAUGUGUUCCGCUGAGUUACCCCUGGAGGCCCUUUGUAAGCAGAAGGCAGAUAUGUUCGAAGUGCCUUCAAUAACCGCCAGCAAAGAGACUGACAUCCACAAUAACAACAUGACAGAGAGUUCUGACGUCCUCACCCCAAAACUUGAGGCAAGUCCGUCCAUGACAGAAAGUCUUCUCAAUCUCCAGAGAACCGAACAGGGGCAGAUAAGAGAUUAUUCGCAGCUGAUAGUCUUCACUGUUGAGUCAAGUGCAGAACAUCCGUCCAUAGUCUGCAGGACCAACAUUCAGGGUAUACUAGUGCCAGAUAUUUUGUAUUUUCAUAGGGAUUCCUUCCAUGCCAUUGUGGGCAGUAACAACCAGAGUAAGGUGCAUGUUUAUAAUGUGGGUGAGGUGUUUAAAGAGGUCACAAAGAUAGAAGAACUGGACGUUCCGUCUGAUGAACUUGUCAAAGGCAUAUCAUCGCAUUACAUCAAGUCAGCCGCCUUCAUUAUUUUACUGACGGGCACAGUAGUGACGCCAUCCGACCCAGCAUUCAUCUCACCAUCAUUACAGAAAGACUAUGACCUUCAGCUAAGGAUUUUCCCAUUCCCAGGUUCAGUUGGACAGGCUGUUCCACGCUCUGGUUCCAUUGACUCUAUUGCUGCCCGGAGGAUGAACUUACCCAACCUGAGGACCGACGCCAGUAAGGCAAAACAGGACAAAAAAUUGAAACACAAGGAUAAGUCACUGAAAAGAAAUGAUGCGCAAGGCAGAUUUUUAGGACUUUUUCAGAAAUCACCAAAAGGGCCGAAGAUAAUUGACUUGAGUAAAAACCAAGUGGAGGACCAAGACUUGGAAGUUGAGACAGUCAAAUUUGAUGACGUUUCUGCUAAGUUUUCUGAAACGAUAAAAUUCAGUUACGAGAAUUUGACUGAGGAGGAAUUCAAAUCGGCUGUGAAGACACUACCUGAUUCGUCUAGUGAAGAGAACAUAACGAUUCUGAAAGGUGAUAAUGGCCAGACAGGUAGCCCGGGCUUGGAUGGUGAUGGUAAUGACCGGCAGGUGAUGGCCAAACAUGAUGGUCUUGGGCGUAUAACUAGCGAGAGUCGAAAGUCCAGUGGAAGCUUGCCCUUGUUGCCGAUUGUCACCGUAGCGGAUGAGUUAACCGGACAUGCCGUCCUGAGGUCGACGACGAGCGGAAUGAGCUCCCCUAGGACACCCAGGAUACGCCUGGGUAUCAAUAGCCUGAGGUCUGGAAGCAGGUCGCAGUCCGUCCCCAGCAUGCUUGAUAGUGACAUAGAGAUUCCAGCUCCCGAUAUCAUCUCGACAGGUGAUGGCAAAGGGCCUGAGCUUUCCCCUGAUGUAUUCCUACCCAAUAACAGUGAACCAGACGAUGAGCCUGAUGGUGGAAUGAUGGCAAAGAUGAGUCCAGAUUAUUGCCGCCUUGAGAAUCAUGGUCACCAUGGUAGCGAACAUCAUCACCAUGGUCAUCAUGGUCACCAUAGCAACAAGCAUCACCACGGUAACCCAAGCCAUGAUGAGUGGGAGGAUAUUGAGAGGCAGGUCAAGGAACAAGGGGCGCUCCUGUCAGACCUUCAUUCCAAGAUCGAAUCUGUUCUCAAGUGUGCAGCUGAUACUUCCUGUGUGCCAUUAUCAGGUUACCAAGCCUUGGAGGAGCCAGAAUUGGUCAAGUUUAACUACAUGUAUCAUGAUGGGGAUGAGAGUUGUGAGAAGACAUUCCUAUUGGAUCGUAGGCGCGUGAAGUUGGAUAUCGUACUUCAGGCCUUUGGAUUAACUUCUCUUGAAAUAGCAAUGGGUGCGACUGCUGUGCUAGUUGGUGCCAAUGUAGAUGGAUACAUCCCAAUCAGAUUCACUCCAGGUUCCACGGUCCAGAUAUCAGGCCAGAAGAAAGUUGACCUGAAACCAGACACCAACUGUUAGAUUGAAAGACUUUUGAUAGACUUACCUUAAUUGUCUCUGAGACAGCCCUGUGCUUAUACAAGGUGUAUACUAUACAGAGUAGCUAUUCUAGUAAAUCAGGUCGGAUUAUCAAACCCGAAUUUGUAUCAAAUCAAUGAAAUUUAGAAGUGUAACAUUUAUGUAUGCUUGUUCAUAGGGACUAAUACAGGUGAUAUUUUUUGGAAAGUAAUGACAAUUCAGCAUUGGUAGUUUCAAUAUCCCCACGACAAUUUAUCAUUGGAUGCUGAGUGCAGUAUUUUUAGGGCAGUAAAAAUGGAAAGGCCGGGUCUAUUUGGCAAGCCGCUCGCCGAACAGGCAUCUUUUUUUGUCCUGUUUGGAGAGCCGCUUGCCAAACAGCACUAAAAAGCAACCCUGUUCGGCCAGCCGGGCUUGCCAAACAGGUAAAAAAUCUACCCUGUUUGGCGAGCUGGAGACUUUACUUUAAUAUUAAUGAGUUCGGCUCUCCAUUCUGGACAAGAAAAAGUCGCUGUUUGGUAAGCCGGGCUUGCCAAAUAGUCACUUCCAAAUGGAAAUGCGUUUGUUUUUGAUAGUGAUGUACUGAGUAUAUACAUGUACAAUGUGCUUUUGUUUUGUGUAAGAAGUUCCUGUCUUAUGGAGUUGUUACGGCCGAAAUGGUGCUAUGUGUACUUGCUGCUUGACAUUGUUAUCAACAGAAUUUUGAAUGCAUUCCUGUCUUCCAAAUCAAAUCUUAUUCUGCUUUUACGUUCUUUCUGCGUGAGUAAGUGUUAUAAUGGUGAAUAGUAACCUUAUUUUGUAUCACUUUUCUUUCAAAAUAUGUGCUGUAGUGUUUUAUUACCUACCGUACAUGUACAUGUAAGUUGUAAACAAGUUGUUGUUAUGUUUUGUAUUGUUUUUUCAUCAUCAUCAUCAUCAUCAUCAUCGGUUUUAGAGCCGCAUGGCCGAAUUGACCUUCCUUGGGCUCAUCGUGUGUAACAAAAUAUAACAAUCACAUGCACUUUAAAGGGUACUCGUGUCAAAUUUCACCAUAUAAUGUUUUAGCUGUUUUUGACAAAGGACUACGUCACUUUCUCAUAAAUCGGUAAGGUUUUCGAAUCAAAAUGCACAUUUUCUAGAAAUUGAUGGUUUAAUCCCGCCCGGACGGCUCGCUUCGAUGCCGUUUUCGUUGAUGACAUCACAACAUGAACAUUUUUACGGUCGCGGUGGUUUACAUUCAGCGAUUUUAUAAUAAAUCUAAUCAGAAAUGGAAAAUUUGAGCUUUACGUUUGUGAUCAACAAUUAAAAACGGACGUAUUUCGCAAAGUUGCAAAUCACAUCAUAGUAUCUCUUUAAUGGGUGCAGAUGGGAAUUCAUAACUUCCUUGAUAUGUUGGUGUGUCCUGACGUCUUGACGUCCCCACCCUGUUGGUGUGGCGUCAGAUGUCCCUUGUGACGUCAUCCGUGGUGAUGGUGAUGCCCCGGUCUUGACUAAUGUGGCAGUCGAGGGAAAUUCCGGGAAUGUAGGUUGUGCGUUGAGUGCGUCUGCCACCAUGUUGAUGUUAGGACUCAAUAUCAAGGACAACACGUCCUGGUAACCAUGCUCAUACUCCUUUGGCAAUGCUAUCAAUUGUUUUGGAAAUAAUGCUGGACACCAAUACUAAUUGAUGGUUCAUUAGUAUGAAUUUUCAGUUCCGAUCAUGCAAGUGCUGAAUUCUUUUCAGCAGUAGGUAUAAUUUAGUAAAAUUUGCUAUAAAUGGUGCUUGUAGGGUUAGAAAUACUUAAAAUUGUGUAGUAGUUUGUGUAAACUUGAGACCAAUCAUAAGCUUAUAUAUGUAUCUUGAAAUUGAAUGAAUAAGUUGUCUUCCAGAGUUUUAUAACCUGUUGGAAACAUUGGCAAGAUUAUCAAAACUAAAGUAGGGUAUAAUUAGACAGCAGAUAAGACGGGUAAUGUAGAAUCACAAAAAGUGUCUUAAAGUGUCUUCCAGGGUUUUGCUAAACAGGGUGAUUUUUUGAAAAUUUUC